ACUCAAAUCCUCUCUUCACAGACUUUCGGUAAACUUGAUUUGGAAGAUUUGCAAACCCCACAUAUCCUUCAAGGUUCUUCUACUCACCCAUGGCGCUGGCCGGCGGCGGUGCGGCUGCCGCUGCUGACGCUGAGCUCCGGCUGGCUGCUCGUCCUCCCGCCCUGCCUCCCUCAGCCGCGGCGGCACCGAGCGGGCCACCCCCUCCCCGAGCGCCUCCCGCCAGCCAACCCGGCGGCGAUUCUCCAACGCCCCCUACGCCGAUUCCGCCGAGGGGCCGCGGCCCUUCCGCACACGGCGCCUACGCGCUCCCGCGGCCGGACGGACUUAGCGGCUCCGCUCCCGCCGCCGCCUCUGCCUGCUCCUCCUCCUUCUCCCUCGCCGCCUCCACCCAGCUCCUCACACGCUCCCCGCCCGCCUCCCCGAGCACACAGCGGCUUCCGGCUCAGCCCCUCCGCCCGGCGCUGUCCCCACGUCUCUCGCCCGCCCCUCCCAGCCCGGGGUCAGUCACGCUGUUAUUUCCUCUCGCGCCGCGCCGGAGAAGAGAGGGAGCGCUCGGAGGCCAUUUUGGAACCGGGCGCACGCUGCGGGAGCGCGCAGGCCGCACGGCGGGCUCUGCCCGGAUCAAAGAUGUCCGCCGGGCUUGA